AUGGAAGGCAACUCCUCAGAAAUGGUUCGCGAGCUGCACGGCGACUUACAACGCAAAUGGAAAGCUCAUGGCCCCAGAGUCGAAACUGCCUGGCGCUCAUUCAACAAAGCUCAACGCGCGAAAUGCAUGAAAGCCGGCUCGGCAGAUGGAGUUGUCCUCAAGCACUCGUCGGACGUAUCGCUAGGCAACGUCUACAAAUUCAUUCCCGAGUGGAACCUCGCGGACAUUACAGCUCCUAACUCAGACUUCCUCCUCGACAUUCUCAAGCAUCGCGCCAACAAGACCCUUUUUGAACAGUAUGCUGAAGGCGUUAGUGGCACGCUUGGUGACCGCCAUCUCAUCGAGAAGAUGGUUCGGGAGAAGAACCUUCGUCACGUCGACCCGUUCAAGCAUUCCUAUACCUACUUCUACGACGAAAAGUACGGAGAGUCUUUCACGGUCCAGCCCAGGCAUCUUGAGGAGGUUAUGAAAGGUCUACGCAUCGCUAUUGACCAUGGCGUUCUCAUCCCGCGAUCUCUUGGAGAGCUGGUUCUUCAACGACAAAUCACUAUUCUUCAACUGCUCAAUGUGAUGAUCGAAGAUAUCCUCGAUCAAGGAUCACAGACCAGAGCGCGAAGCGGAGCGAAGAAGCUGUCUAAGAAUGCACCUCUUUCCGAGUCUGCCUCCAAACAGACGACCGUUAAACUUACACCCCAGGAAGUGGCCGCCAUCGCUUCUGACCAAAAGUCCUCCCUCGAAGAGUAUUUGUCACUUCUCAGAACCGAGCCUACAGUCCUAUGCCCCGGUGUCAACGUCCAGUUCUUCAGCCGUCCUGAGCUUGUGCCUGACGAAAAAGGUCGCUCGCUGCCAGUUCAUACCGACAAGUACAUCGGACCCGCCGUCUUUGAGACAGUCCACCACGCAGUCCAAGGCAUCGCCAUCUGGAAUUCCAUCACGGGCCUCCUUGAUCUUCUCGUUAAACCAUCCACCGACAAGCUGUACAAGUCAACAAUCCUGCAAGAGCUCUCCAAUAUGUGCCACUUCGAGUACGCCCGUACACAGGCGCUUUUCAAGCGCCAAGUUUCCACUCGAAGUGGAUCUAAAUGGUUCAAGCGAAUUUCCAACGCAUGUGAUAACUCAGGGAACGCCAAGGUCUCAAUGAAGGGCAAGCCAGAAGAGCUCACGCGUUCAGACCCUCAGUUGCACUACUUACUGCGACUCUGCCAGCCGGAGACUACUGUCACGAAAGCGGCUGAGUGGAUGGAGAAGCUCAGCGAUCUCUACAAGGCGCAUCCUUUGGAGCGAGAGAAGCUUGACGAGAGGGAGUCCCGGAUUCUGCACGACGUUGCUGCCAUCGUAGCAUUCUUCCAGGAUCUUUCUAGAGUGUACUCACUUCCAUCGGCGUCACGAAAGAAAGGAAAUCUGCUGGUCGCUGGCCUGCAAGAGGUUGAUACUGAGCUCAACCAGAUCAAGAAGGAAGUUGACCUGCGCGACUAUGCUGCACCCAUCGACAAUCUCCUAGAACCUGGCAUGUCUGCUAAAGCACUGGAAGCACUGGAUGAGUUCAUCGAGGAGAAGACGGGCACAAAGAUGGCAUCUCUUUACCAAGAUGAACUAGAGAAGGUAUUCCGAAACGUUGAAGAACAGUACCAGCAGGCCAAGAAUAAGGCGAAUACGGAUAGCAAGACGGAUUUCGUUCCCAUCGACACCGCUCCCGUGGACACAAAGGAAAGAAUCGAGACUCGAAGACAGAAGGAAAAGACACGCCCAGAACAUUCCUCCGUCUACGCGAUUACCCCAAUCACAGACUCUGCUGAGGAAAAGGAACCUGGAAAGCCAACACAGCCACUAAAGGUCAGCUCAUCGACAGCCGAGGUUUUCGCGACCCUCUUCGACAAGACUCAGUCACGAGGAUCCGUCAGCUGGUCAUCAUUCGAGGCGGCCAUGUCCGAACUCGGAUUUUCGGUGCUGCCCCGAUUUGGAUCUGUGUACACGUUCAGACCUUCUGAGGAUAUGGAUAUCAAGCGGCCUGUUAGCAUUCACCGCCCUCACCAGUCGCGAAUCGAGGGCUAUUUGAUUCUGAUUUUGGCGAGACGCCUGAACCGGGCUUUUGGAUGGAGUGAGGAGUCUUUUGUCACUGAGUAA